AUGGCAAGUUGCUGGUCCUGUCUCCUGACUCAAUCUCGUGGAUCGAUGGCAAGUUGCUGCCCCCCAGAUUCCUGGCCAGCUUGCCAGAAGCCCGAUGACUACAAGCCCAAGGGCACAGAGACAAAGAUAGGCGAGCUGCCAGUAUACAGCGUGGGCACCGGAGACAAGGCCAUCUUGGUACUGCCCGACAUCUUCGGCUGGUCGUCCAACCAAGGUAGGCUCAUGGGUAUCGCAGACACCCUGGCCGAUCAGGGGUACAGAGUGCUGCUUUCAGACCCCUUCUACGGAGACUCUGCCGUGGGGAAGGAGGACAUCAUGGGCUGGGUCACACAGUUUCCUUUUGACAAGAAAAUUGGUGCCGACAUCGAGGCAUGCGUAAAGCACCUGCAAGAUCAGGGCUGCAGCAGUGUGGGCGCAGUUGGCUUUUGCUGGGGCGUCUGGGCAUUUUGCAAGUCUGCCUCCAUGGGUGUGCCCCUGAAGUGUGGCGUCGGACCUCAUCCCAGCACACGGCUGGAAGGGGCAUUCGGCGGAGAUGAACAGGCCAUGAUGGACAAGGUCAACAUGCCAGUCCUCCUCAUGCCAGCUGGCAACGACCCUGAGAACCUCAAGGAGGGCGGUGCGAUCGCCGAGUCCCUGGCAAAGAAGGGUGGAAAGUCCGUGACAUUCCCGGACAUGCAGCACGGCUGGUGCUGCCGUGGCGACCUCGGUCAAGCGGAGGUGAAGCGUGAUGUGGAGGCAGCCAUGGAGCACAUGGUAGACUUUUUCAAGUCCAACCUCUGA